CUUGGCGCACGAGCACACGACCUGCUGGAACGAGUACGUGCACAUGGCUUCUUCUUCUUCUUCUUUCGCGGGGGGGGAGUGUUUCGGUCCGGAGGUUGGUGGUGUUGUUCGCGUCGUGCGGCGGGGGAAGUGCGUGUUGGGUCGUUUCGCUCACGUCGGCCGGCCGUAUAUCUAGGCAAGAUAUAUCUAGGCAAGACUGCCUGGUCACUGACUUGCGCCUGGUCUCUCGUCGUGCGGGCUUCGCUGUGUCGUCUCUCCCGUUGCUGGCGGCGUCGUAACAGAGACCCUCCGCGACACCUCUCUCGCUGGCUCGCACACAAGGUCAGACGCUCGGAAACGCAGCCCAGGCAGUGUAUAAGACGCGCCGCGCCUCACCAGAAAAACCAAAGUGCCGGCGUUACACGGGUCGUGCCUCACGGUGCGAGCAUCCCGUCCCCCAUCUCCGAGGCUGACCCGCAGAGCCUUUCUCCAGGCUUCGAGAUGACGGGGGGGCGGGGGGGCGCCGCGGGUUUUGUUUGCGUCGCUUCUGUGGCAUCCCGCGCGUUGUCUUCCGCCCGCGCACAAUGCGGCCGCCCGCGAGACGGAGCCGGCACUAGAGGUACGAGCGAGGACGGCGACACAGUGGGUUUCGGUCCGAGGCUGCGUGGAGCCGUACGAAAUAGAUUGAGUGUUGGCGAGGGAGCAAACGUGUACCGUCUUGGCGGGAGGGCGUUGGUCUCAUGGCUGGUCUCAUGGCGCGCAACACCACGUUCGACCAUCGUCAACGUUCCCAUCGGCAGACACAACCCGACUUACACGCUCACCUGCUCCUCCCACGACGAUGCCACAUGCCACACCGAGACCAAGCACGGUCCAAGCCGCGGUCCAGCUUCCCCAGAUUUCCUCUCGCACCCCUGUCUUCGCUCCCCCUGUCGACUCUCCAGGUUCCCCUCCCCGGCCCAGCCCUACUGAUCGCUCUUGGCUGCGAAUGACGCGAUGCUGCAAGCGAAAGGGGACUUAUGCGAAGGCUUUUAUGGAGGGCAUGCACUCAUCUGGCGCAGUCCAUCCCUGGUUGAGCCGGAGCGAGAGCCGGAUCUAGAAUGGUUGCGGAGGCGAUGGCUGUGAGGUUACGGUUGUCGAUGUGACUUUGAUGCAGUCAUCGAACGGAGGGUUCAGUUCCGGAGAGAUGAAAGAAAUGAGGAAACAUGUGCAAAU